AUGGAUAUUAAGAACAGGCUAGCCUCUUCAUCUAUGGCCAAAGAUAUUUAUCAGUUCAAGGCAAAUGACAUCGAUGGAAAUGAAAAAAGCCUUGCCGAUUAUAAGUUUUGUGCUAUUAUUGGUUUGACCGAUAAGAACUAUCGUCAAUUGCAGGAGAUGCACACCUCUCUGCAUGACAAAGGUCUCCGCAUAUUAGCUUUCCCAUGUAAUCAGUUUGGAUCACAGGAGCCUGGAACAAACCUUGAAAUAAAAGAAUUUGCAACAUCCAAAUAUAGUGUUACUUUUGAUAUGUUUGAAAAGAUUAACGUGAAUGGAAAGAGUGCCCAUCCCCUGUUUACCUUCCUUAAGAGAGCUCUGCCUGGAUUUAUAACGAAUGACAUUAAGUGGAAUUUUUCUAAGUUUCUUACUAAUCGAGAUGGUAUUCCCUUCAAGAGAUACUCACCUCAAGAUGAGCCCUUAAGCUUGUUGCCUGAUAUUGAGCAUCUCAUCCAAGGGUUCAAUAUAAACCCUACAAAGAUGUUUAGCCUAUCCAAUGCCCAGAAGGAGGAGUACCUCCGUGUGGCGGCAAAUGCCAUCUCAUGA